GACAAGUAUUUUCACUUAAAAACAUACAUUUUCUUUACGAUUUUUUUACAAGUUAUUUAUUCCACAUGAAACAAGUGCUAAUACAAUAAAUAAUUUUAGUUUUGUGGAUUUUUUUUCUUGUGCCAAAAAGAAAACAAUUUUUCGCAUUUUUUAUUGCAAAAUAACCGCAAACACUUUUUAAAAAAAAAUUGAAUACUUUGAAUAAAUAGAAUAAGAAAAGAGUUUGUGAUCAAUAUUAUAUUUGGAAGAAAUUCAGUGAACAAUUUUUUCCAUAGUUAUUUUAACUAUAGUGAACGAAUAGACGAAAAAUUAAAAGAAAAAACAUUCACCAUGCGAUCAUCACAGAAUGAAACAAUAUCCAAGCCGAAAGGUGUUUAUAGCAUCGAUCAAAUAUUGGGAACACACGAUAGGCAAAAUAACAACACAAUGGACACCGAUAGUCACAUACAAAAUGACAAUUGUCAAUCAGAUCAUGAAAAUGGUUUGGACAUUGAAAAUGACGAUGAUUAUCCACUGAUGAGCGAUUUGGAUGUUGCUGAUCAUGAUCCCAAUGACAUGAGUCGACCACGUAAAAUAAGACGUAGAUCUAGAACAACAUUCACCACCUAUCAGUUACAUCAAUUGGAGCGAUCAUUUGAAAAAACACAAUAUCCCGAUGUUUUUACUCGCGAAGAAUUGGCACAUCGAUUGGAAUUAAGCGAAGCUCGUGUUCAGGUGUGGUUCCAAAAUCGCCGAGCCAAAUGGCGCAAGAAGGAAAAAGCAAUGGGCCGUGAUACAUCAGUAUAUAUGCAUCCUGAACAAAGUGGAUUACCCGAAUUUCCAAUUCCAUUAUCGAUUCCGCAUAAUAUCGCUGCAGCUGCGGCACAUUCAACCGAAUUUUGGCCGCAAAAUUUUCCAUUACAUUCGACAUUCAGCCCAUCGUUGUUGCAUCAAAAUCUAUUGCCAGCAUAUAAAAUGCCAAACAUCCAUGCAUUUCUCACACAAUACAUGGGACUCAAUAAUUUAGGUAUUUUCAAUUAUCCACAAAGUUUAGGUGUUGGCCCGCGUAUUAGUCCUCCAAUGAUGAACAAUAACAGUAGCCCAAAAGAAAGUCCAACGCUACACGAUGCAGAGAAAUAAGCGAAUCACUUUAUUUUUCUCUAAUCCAGCAAACCUCCCCCUCCUCCCACAUUCACAUUCGCACUCUCACAUACAAUCAUACACGCAGCUCUUCCAUUUUAAUAAAUUAUUCGCCAUAUGAAUGACGAAAAAUAAGAGCAACACAUUAAUGCGACAUCCCUAAGCAAGGAACAACCAAAACAACAAUAUUUAUUUAUAGUUUUAGUUUAAAAUGUUGGCGAUUUGUUUUGUAUGAUUUUGAUUUGUGCAUUUUCGUGACAACUAACGGGCGACAAAUGAAAUCGACAGAAAAUCGCACAGAAAUCAAGUGUAAUGAAAAUCUAGUAUAUGAUUCAAACCAACUGAGUUACAAAAAAAAAAUUAAACAAAUCAUACACUACAACAAAAUCCACGCAAAGAAAUACAUCCAUAUGGAUGCACAAUUUUUAGUCAAUAAGAUUGAAUGUAUUAGUAUAGUUUCAAAUAUGUGAAAUUAUAUUGAAAAAACAAAAACAAAUAAAAAGAUCAUACACACACACACGAAAGAAGAACAUACGAAAAGACUUGACGAACGUAUGAAUAAUAAUAAUUUGUAUAAAAUUGAAUAUUUAAAAUUUUGAAUGAAUGGCAUGCAAUCUUACAGAGAUACGGAGAAUAUUGGAAUUAUAAUUUUAACAAUUAUUCCGACAAACACUCUCAAUAAAGUGAUUCCUUUUUUUUAGAAAUGAACAAAUGUGAAGCAUAGCGAAUUUUUGAAGAAUUCUCUUCUAGUUUUAUCUUCAGAGAAAAUUGAAAAGGCAAUAGUCCUUUUUUGUAUGGUUUAAGCAUAAAACAGAUAUAAAGAAAAAACGUGUACUUUUAUCUUCUGACGUACAAAGGUGUUUGGUAUUAGAAAAGCGAAUUUAUCGAAUACGUUGACAUUAUUAAAAUUCAAUGGACGAAAUGCCGGUUUCGAGAGAACAAAUUUAAUUUAUUUGCAAUUAAAUUAUACGCCACGCAAAAUACAAUUACCAAUUCUAUUACAGAAAAUCUCUAUGUUAAGAAAUCCAUUAUGCUGACAAC